AUGGAAGAAGAUCAUAAAAUCAAGAUUAUUGUGAAAGAGGAUAAUCAAGAUCCUAUUAUAGAGAAAGAUCUUGAAGUUGAGAUGGUAGAGAUCAUUGAGGAAGAAAUUGAAGAGGAAAGUUUCAAGGAUCUCAAUGAAAUUGAAUCAUAUGAUUGUGAUCAGCGACGUAAACAACUAGAAGAUCUACAAAAGAAGCUCCAAGAUUUUAAGAGUGAAAAAGAGAAUGUACCCUCCACUCCUAAAAUUCCAAGCGGCAGGCUUAGUGAUAUCAGAAAGGAAAUUUUGAAGUUAAAUCAGCUGCUGAUUUCAUCACUAGACAGUCUGUCAAAAGAAAAUAGUCCAAAAUCUAAUAAUCUACAGACAAGCAGCGGGUCCAAUCGGCGCUGCAGUGCAGUCGGUGAAUUGUUUAACGUACACCAGAGUGAAUUCUUCAGCAGCUGCUCAUUUUACAGUGAAAUUCGGGACUUUUUUAACGGGCUUGAUGACUUAAGGAAGUUCCUUUUGUCAUGCUUUACUGUAUUCCCAGAAAAUGCAGUGUUGAAGAGGAGGAUCUUUGUAUAUUGGGGAUUGGGAGAGGAGUUGCGGGACGCUGAAGCAAAAUCACCUGAGAAAAUCGUUGAUGAAAUUCUUGAAGAAUUUCAAGAGAAAGGCUUAAUCGAGCCUGCUAUAAACAAGCGAAAGCAGCCCCAGCAUGUUAAAAGCUAUAGAAUAGAUCCUCUUGUGCGUUCUGCUGUGAUUCUGCUUUCCAAGGAAGCUAAGUUUUUUGAUUAUGAUGGUAAGGGAAAUGUGCUUCCCCAGAGAGAUUGGACUUCUGGUUUAGAUUUUGAGGGGAAUCUGGUGGUGAAGGGAAAUCGCUCUAAUAUGAGGUUGUGUUUGCAAAAAGGUAUCUUAGUCGAGAAGGAUGAGAGAAGAAAAUUUUCUAAAGAAAAGAAAACCCGACCAGAGGUUUCAGAAACAGAAAUGGGAGAAGUCCUUACUUUAUUCAAUAUUAAUGAACCUUUUCCUGAUGUCCAAUUGGCGGGGUUAACAAAGCUGAAAGAUGAAAAUGCGGGACAGAUGAAAGAGCCAAGCGCGGUCUGGUUUUCAAAGAUGAAAACUGCCCAAGUUGUUUGUCUGGGAAGGUGGCCAGUAUCAGCUAAAUCUCAUAUUGAAGUGCAGAGCAGAGAAUUCUUAAGAGGAUUGACAAGUACGGAAAAUUUAAGGUUCCUUAGCCUUCGAGGGAUCUCUAGAAUUACAAAGCUUCCACAUUCCAUUGGCAAUCUCAGCAAUUUGGAGAUCUUGGAUCUCAAAGAGUGCCACAAUUUGGAGAUUCUUCCAGAGGAGAUAGUGAAACUCAAGAAACUCAGGUACUUGGAUGUUUCUGACUGUUAUCUGCUAGCUGACAUGCCCAAGGGGCUAGGGGCACUCUUAGAACUUCAAGUCCUUAAGGGGUUUGUCAUUAGUAAUCAACAAAAUCGAAGGUCCACUUUACAUGAUUUGAAGGAAUUGAAGAAGCUAAGGAAACUGACAGUCAAUGCAAGAAGUAAGGACUUCCCUACAAAAACCGAUCUAAAAGUGCUCUCCAAGUCUUGGAAAACAAGCACUUCGAAACGGCAAAAAUGGGAAUUUAACCAUAAUUUUCCAACUAUAUAG